GUUAUCAAGUUCAGGCUUCUCAUAAUCAUAACUUACAAGUUGCUAUUUCUUAAAUCUAAAGUAUAGGGAGUGGUGCAUGAAUACAAAAUUUAUUAGUUCUGUUAUAAGGAUGUGAUUUUUUAAUAUAAAGUAGUAGUAAUUUGUUUGUGAUACUGAUGAUGACACUUUUUGGUAAAUAAAGUUUGAUGAUCGAAAUAAUGAUUGAGAACCUACUGUCUAAUAGUACGUAGUAAUCGUAACAUUUUCGAAGUCCAUUACGUUAAUUAUUGAAUUUUCAAAUAAGUUUUCAAUAUCGUAACAUUCGAACUUUCAGUAUGGAUAUAAUGAACGGCUAUGCAGGAGUGGACCCGAGUCGAGAGAGUGGGCUGGGCAGUGAUUCCGAUAACAUGGCAGAGUUGGCUGCCCUGCUCAACACUGAGAUACCUGAGGGCCAGAACAACCUCUCAGACAGUCACACCAAUCUUGAGAGAGUGGCAGAGUACUGUGAAGGAAACUACUUUCAGUCAGAAAACAAAAGAAUCGCUUUAGAAGAAACGAAAAACUACACAACCCAGUCGCUGGCAAGUGUUGCUUACCAGAUCAACACUUUGGCAUACAACUUCUUGCAGCUGCUGGACUUGCAAACUGCCCAGCUCAGCGAAAUGGAAAGCCAAAUGAACCAUAUUGCUCAGACGGUAAUGAUUCACAAAGAAAAAGUUGCUAGAAGAGAAAUAGGAGUAUUAACAGCCAACAAAACUACCAAUCGCCAGUACAAAAUAAUUGCACCAGCAAACCCUGAGAAGCCUAUAAAAUAUGUCCGUAAACCCAUUGACUAUAAUGCUCUGGACGAGAUAGGACAUGGAGUGAGAGCAAACACACCACGCAGCAAGAUGCGCGGUUCGCAGGGUAGUGUGCAGUCACUGAGCAGCAUGGCAGCAGUGGGCCCUGCGCCUACUACUAAGCCGCCCACACCCCCUCAGGUGCGUGGUGCAGUGGGCACGCUGGGCAAGGGUAGCCAGUACCGCACACCUCCUGCUGUCGCACCGCCGCAGGUGCCGAGUCAUUACGCCCCUAACUACCCACUAGGUCACCCUCGCCGCGGAGUGGGCUACAGCACCCUGCCCCUGGCUGCCCCCUCACCCCCACCCCAAGUGGGUAUGGUGCACCCUCUUCCUCACACUCCUUCCCCGCCAACGACUGCAUAUGAUCCUCACACCAGCAUGCCACCCCCACCAUCUCCUCUCACACUGUCCAACAACACGGCAGGUGUAGAUAUACUGGAUGGACACCAGCAUUUGAGUCGCAGAGACACAAACACCCUGCCCCACCAUCUGGCCCACCAUGCCCACCGUGCCAGCCCGCCACUCCCACCACCACCACAGCCCGAUGAUGAUCACUCACAGUUUGGUCAGUUAGCCACAAGGGGUCAACCCAUUGUCAGUGAUGAACUAGACCUGCCUGGUUGGGUACCUAAGAACUACAUUGAGAAAGUGGUGGCUAUCUAUGACUACUAUGCAGACAAGGAUGAUGAACUGAGUUUCCAGGAGUCUGCAGUGAUCUACGUGCUGAAGAAGAACGACGAUGGCUGGUGGGAAGGUGUGAUGGAUGGAAUAACCGGACUUUUUCCGGGCAAUUAUGUUGAACCUUGUGUUUAGGUUUAAACUGAUUUAUAUGAUCAGUUACAUUCUAUAUCAAGUUGAAUUUAAUACAAUUAUUUAGGUAUAAUUUAAUACAAAUCUAGUUAUAAGUUAUAGAGAUAUUAAUAUUCUGGUACAGUUUUAGUUUGUCUGUUUAAAACUAGCUUUAUUUGAAAGUUAAACCAGAAAAAUACGAUUUAGUUAUGUAAAUUUAUAAGCUAUCAUAAAAAAAUUUGAAGACAUUUUAAUAUAUUGAUGUCUCAGUUCCAAUCAGUUCAAUAGAAAAGCAAACAAAUGAAUAUCAUAACUGAAUAAAUAUAUAUUUGCUAAAUUUUGGGUAACCAAAGAUAAAUUUAGUGGCCUAUUGAUAUUUUUAUUACAUGUAGCAAGUUCUAUGUAUGAAUAUUUUAUUUCAACUUAGCACAAGUUUGUACAUUAUUCGCAAGAGAUUCUUACUAGCCUUUAAGUUUGCUGAUUAUAGUUUGGUGCACAGGUGCAUAGGUGCGAUACAAUAUCAUCAGAAAUAUAAAAUAAAUUAGUUUGAUGUGAUUUUAGUAAGUGCUAUAGUAUUUUAAUAUUAAAUUGUGAGCUCUAAAAUCACACUAAGAACUGAAUAAAUUAUUUAUUUUUUAAAACAUAUAAGUAUAUGCUUCAUCUAAUACAAUAAAUAUAUAAUUUUUAGUUGAUGAAAAAUUCAUUUAUAGCAUUCCAUCAUUCUUAUAAAAAUAAAAUAAAUUACUGUAGUUAAAAAUAAUAAACUGGUUGAAGUAUCCGUGAGAUUUGUGAAGACAAAAUAACUUUUUUUUAGAAAAAAAAAUACUAAAUAUUAGUGGUUGUACAAAAAUGUGAUUUAAUACAAGGUUUUGUUUCUGUAUACUGUCUUUUAUAAGUUCAGUAACCAAUUAUAUUAUUUACACAUGCUCAAGAUGGUGCGAUAAUUCUAUAACUUUACCUCUACAAAUACGUAAUAAUUGUAUUUUAAAAAUCCUUUUGGCCUAACUCAAUUGAACAUGGUGAAAUAUAUUAUUAUUAUAGUAUGUUUUUAUUAGAAUUCAUUAAGUUUAUUUUAUAAAGUCAUUAUACAAGAAUUCGUCUAAACUGUAACAUUCCAGGCUCUGAAGUGAGAGUUUUUGCACUAGUUUUUAACUACAGGAUGCAAAUAAUGUAUGUACUGCUGUGUCCAUGUUUAUAUUGAGCUUUUUUAAAAUACACAAACCAAUAUUAGCAUUAACAAUGUUAACAUUUUAUAUACUAGCUGCUUUAACCCAUAAUACCCCAGAUUAUUAAGUAGUGUCACACAAAGUGCUAAUAUUUAUUUACUACAUUUUUCAUGUUUACAUUGCCCUUUUUAAUAAAUAUUUGAUACAAUUACUGGUUUAACCUACAACAGCCAAGUGAAAGUGUUUCACUGAGUGCUAAUACUGAAUGAAGUGGCGUGUAUUUGUCUACAUUGACCUGUUUUGGUUAAAACAAUAAACAUACUAACUAGUUUAACCCUUUGGGUCCUAUGCAUUUUUUCAUAAUUUACUUCUAAAAGUACCAAAACAUAUUGACUAGUUUUGAUUCAACAAUCCCAGUGCUGUUGUAUCAAGUGUCACUCAAGAAUUCCAGCUAGUUUAAAUGUUAAUUUUACUAUUAUUAAAGAAGAAUAUAUAGAAGGUGGUGUCUAGCCUAAGAUAUGUUCUUCCAUAUAGCAAUCAUAACAACAGCUUUUAGUUGAA